CUGUAAGGUGGCUGGAAGGAAACAUUACUCAGGGGUUAACAUCUACAGACAGACUCUCCCUCUGCCAUGGUUGGAGGAACUGCAGGAAAAGCCAUAUGCAUGGAGCCCACAUUUUUUUGACCACAGAGACCAAUGAGAUCUCUAUCAUAUUGUUGCAGUUACCCCUCUACUCGUUUUCAGGAAGCAGAGCAUAUAACCUCAUGACUGGCAGAGCCCUGGAGUCCAAUGUCAUUCAGAGACACUGCUGCUACUGAAGGCCACACUGAGGCAGAAAAGAAAUGUCUCCUUUCUUCCUUUUUUCUUCCAAUCUUCUCCUACCCUCCUCUUCCAUUGACAGAAACUCUCUGGAAGCCAGCUGGAAAGAAGUUUAUUUAUUGGUUUCAAACUCUGCAUCAUCAGAAAAGAAUAAGGAAAGGUAUUUAUGGAACUGAAGGCUAAGGGACAAGUAACUGUCACAUUGAGCUGAUAUACACCUCUUGACAAAGGAAAACAUAAAAAGUUAAAGAAUUAGUCCAGUUCAUUACAAUGUCACAUGAAAAUCCACGUUUACAACUUUGGGAGGAAGUUGAAAGUGAGUCAUCGGGUGACUCAGCUACCAAUGAUGAAUUAGUUCAUGUAAGCCAAAGAAAUUAGCAAGAAUGACAGAAAAGCACACAAUGAAGACCUUGAUUCAGAUGAGGAAGAAAAUGGUCCUUAUAUGAAGAUCGGGGAGAUGACCAGCUGGAGUUGAUCAAGGAUGAUGAAAAAGAGGCUGAAGAAGGAGAGGAUGACAGAGACGGCGCCAAUGGCGAGGAUGACUCUUAAGCAUAUGCAGGUAACCCUUGACUAGAAAAUCAACUGGAUAUGUGGAAGAAAAUUUCAGAAGCCCAAGAUACUAAUAAAACCUGUUGAACAUUAAAAAAAAAUUAUAUGACAGAUUGAAAAAAUAUGACUCUCUAUAAUGCUUACACCAGGAGGAUAUUAUUCUACAAAUAAGGGCCCAGCAUGACAUUUAUGAGAGAGCCCGGGUCCUCCUGUGCAAAGCUGAUUGGUGCUCUGCCAAUGGACUCAAGGACACUGCCAAUAAAAGCACCUACUGCUCUGGGCUGAUCAGAAAGAGUUGAGGGCUGCAUUUGCCUGUGGGACUUGGGGAAAUGCUGAACCCUAGUCCUUGCAACACACAUCUGUGAGCAGCAGAGAGAAACCAGGCUCUGGAGAUGAAACAACUUCCCGAACUCCCUUCCGUCUUGGCAAUGUACUGCUUUUGCAUGAUACAGAUUAUCUCCUCAGGAUUCCUUCAGCCAUUAGCUCACCCUCCAGAUGGCUUGGAUAUUGUGCAGCUUGAGCAGUUGGCAUACUGCCUGAAUAAGUGGGCACUGCUUUCUAACCAACCCAAGGAUAAUCACGACAUAUACAAAAGGUUUCUAUUUCACUACUCCAGAACUCAGGAGCCGACACGCCCAGUUAAAACCAGGUUUCCUCCUGUGCACCCCUUAAUGCGCCUGGCUGCCGAGCUGGCCAGCAGGAAGAUGAAGAGGUUUCCGCAGCGAGAUUCAGGACCUGCUGCCGUGGACUUGACCAAAAAGGAUCCCAUUGGCACCUUGGGACAACCAUUCUUCCUUUUCAAGCCAAGAAAUGGAAGAAACAUUGAAGUCCAGGCCCAGCAAAGUGUACAAGGAUCCAAUGGCAAAGGAAAGCUGGAUCCAAAGAGGCUGUGCAAUGAUUAUUUUGAGCAAAUGUCAAGUUUCUUCCUGUGAAAAAUAUUGAAAGAUAUUUCUCUUGCUCUAUAUCCACUAGAAUAUUUAGUUGUAUGAAAAUAAAGUAGCACUGACCCAAUAGUUUCAUUUCUUCUUAGAAAGUCUUGGGGAAUUCGGUAUAAAUUUUUUAAAUAAUAGGAAUUCUAAAAAAAUGUACUAUUUAGGAGUACAGAGUAUCACACUGACUAUCAUGUUGUUAUUGAGAUUCGAGGGGUGGGUUCAGCAGAUUGUGCUGGCUGCCUUCAGAUCCUGACUCCUACUUUUUAGCUGGAUGACCUGGUGUGCUAGUCAAAUUUCCACUGCUGUGACAAAAUUAUGAUAUA